AUGUACUCUCCUCACACGUCUCAUCCUAUUCGCUCUUGCAUCGCACCUCCUCUGCCGCCUUUAACUCACGUCUAUUCAAGUGACCCAAGUGCUCAUAACAUCGAACGGCAAUCUCCCAUCCUUCCUCCAAUAUGCUUCGCUACUGCCAAUUAUCCAAAGGGAGCGCUAGCUUCGCCAGUUGAACAAGUGACACCUCGUCUGCGUCCAGAAUCUCAUAAUGACAGUUAUUUUUCAUUCACAACCGCUAGGACAUAUGCAUCUCCUGUCUCACAUACUCCGCAUGCUCAACCUGACACAAAUUGCAACACAGCAACGUUAUCGCCGUCAUUUGAUGCAUCUGUCUCUAGUCUAUCUUGUCGGUCAUCAUCUAUUAAUCAGAUCCUAUCGAGGGAUGAAGAGAAUGGACUUGAGCAAACAAGAAUAAAGCGGCAGAGAAGGGGUGAGAAUGGCACAAGAGACAGAGAAAGCGAUGACGAUGAUGCUUCUAGUAGUUGUAACGAAUGUCGAGAAAGACGUAACAGCGGAAAUAAUAGUGAUACUGGAAGCGUAUUGAGCGAUCCUCUACCUCAACAACAGAUUCUCCGACAAAGCAAGGGUUUACGUCAUUUUAGCAAACAAGUCUGUGAUAAAGUAGAACUAAAAGGCGUGACAACUUACAACGAGGUCGCAGAUGAAUUGGCUGAGGAUUUCGCCACUCAGGUGUUAGAACAUGGAGGCGCUAAAGUUGACCAAAAAAAUAUACGUAGACGAGUAUAUGAUGCAUUAAACGUAUUGAUGGCCAUGGGAAUAAUACAAAAGGAUAAGAAGGAGAUAAGAUGGUUGGGAUUACCUGGAGAAAGAGAUGAUGGCAGUUCGCCCUCUCCGUCUGCGACGAUGAGAGAAGAACUCGAGAGACAACGAUCCGAACUAAGGGAACUCGAACGAGAGAACAAACGGCUUACUAGAGAAGUCAGAAGCAAGAAAAAUGUUGUGCACGACAGAUUUCGUCGACGCCUACAACUUCGUAACUUAAUCAAACGUAAUAGUGAGAGGUUGUCCUGGCGAACAAGCGAUAACUUCAAAUACGAAAAACCGUACCUCACCUUGCCAUUCGUGCUCGUUCGAUGUUCUCGCAGUUCGUCAAUUGACAUUCAAAAGUCCUCCGAUGGGGAAUCAAUCUUGUCGUUUUCUCCUCACGAACCAAAAAUCAUCAAGGAUAGUGACAUACUUGACCGCCUGGGAAUGGAUAAAUUCAGCGCAGGAGACUUACAACAAUGGAAUGAUGCAGAGUUCAUUAGAUGUCUUGUUGAUUUUCAAGGUUAA